AUGAGAAACAGGAAAAAUUCUUCAAGAGUUUUAAUGGAUGCUUGCGUACGGCUGGAGAAGAUUUCUGUUGAAGAUUUAAAAUUUAAAACGUCGUCUAAAUUUGCGGAGCAUCCUAAAGAUGUUGUUAAUGGAGGAAAGAACAAAAAUGAUGAAGAUUUAGAGUUAAAAGAUAUGGAAGAUUUUAUACAUAUGAAAGAUAAAUUUACAUCAUUGCAAAGCUAUGAGAAGAAUACUUUAGUUGAGAAAAAUCAUUCUGGUUAUGGAAACACACCUUCAUUUUCUUCUUUUCUACAAAACGCGUCCGCUGACUCUAUUAACGUAUCUUGUGAGGAUUGUAUGAUAGAUGUGGAUAAGCUUGAACUUCAAAGGAUUGAGAAGUCCUUUGAUGAACCUGGCUUUAUUGAGGAUAAUAUUUCACUGAAUGAUAAGGUUGACAAAUCAUGUGGGAAAUUAAGUGAUUUUCAAAUCACAUUUAUCGACGAAAGUAAUGUGUUUUUAUCGUGCGGUGAUAUCGUAAAAAAAGAUUUUAUCAACUCUCUUGAAACAAAAACAACUAAAGAUCGCCGUGUUCACACUAUAUCUUCAGUAUUGGAGUCGUUAAAUAGUGGCAACGAUAAUGAUUUUAAUGAUUUUGUUGUGGAAGAUUGCUCAAGGAAUGUUGAAUUGGAUUUUGAAGAUGAUUUGUUUGACUUAACACCAAACCAAACUGAAAAGAAUUUUAAUCAAUACUUGGAACAUGUUGAUCACAGAUCUGUGUGUAGUGAAUCUAAAAGUGAAAAUCUUAUUGAUUCACCUUCAGAAUCUUUGUGUUUGACCGAUGAAAAACAUCCUGGGUACUCUAGUGGAAAUUCUAUGGUGUUAAGGCUUCCACCAGAUGAGGAAAGCUUUGAAUGGAAUGUUGAUGAGUCAUUUGACGGUCACCAGUCCUCUGGUACGAGUAAUAACCUCGGAAGUCCUGAUAGUUGUACAGUUUCUGUUGUUACCGAGGUCAGUGACUUAAAUUUAGAAAGGACUGGGGAAAGUUUUAGUAAGAAUAAUGUAAUAAAGGGUGAAGAAGUUGUUUGUGAUGUUUCUAACAUGGAAAUAUCGUGUGAUUUACACAAUAAAGAACAUAUUAAUGGCGCUUUUGUGGAUAAUGAUGGUUGUAAUCAGGUUCCUGUGGAUAAUGAUGGUUGUCGUCAAGUAUUUGAGGAUAGUGAUGGUUAUAAUCAACUAUAUGUUAAUAAAGAUAGUUCUUACCAAGUAUAUAAAGACCAAAAAGAACCCCAUUCAAAAAUCAAAAAGAUCAACUUAUCCCAGGCAGAAGGUAGUUAUGAAUUGAAGAUUUGGAAACCAACAAUGAUGCCUCCAUCACCAAAUUAUGUUAAAGAAACACGUCAUAUUUACAAUCUACCUCAUGUUCGUCAUCAAAAAGCGUUUUGUAGUGAUUCCAAUGAUUUACCGUUAACAACGAAGGUUGUCGGUGGACGGCGUCUUCAUUUGUCUUCAUUAUCGUUGGUUAACUAUCCUUUAAUCCAAGAGUGUUAUGACAAUUCCAUCGUUUCCGUUGAUAGUAAAGAGCUUCCUGAAUUCAAUCCUCGCGGGAACUUCAGGACUUUGAGGGAACUCCAAGACCAAUGUGUAUCCAAGAUGGACAACAGUUUACUCAUGGACUGUCUAGCUUCAGACGGUAAAAUUAGUAAUUUUCCUCAAUAUAAGGGUAUACCUGGAAAACUAAAGGCCGAUCUCCACUUCGACCGUACCGUAGCGUAA